UACUCGUUACGACACGAUCACGGAGCUAGUUUAUAGGUUAGUCCCAGUGACCAGUCUUUGCGUUAAAGGCGUUGCAUGGCAGAUCUCUCCCAUUUCCAACGAACAUACAUGAUGAACAUUGUUGCAUUUAGCAAAAACUGUUGACAAUAAACACGCAAACAGCAUUGACGUCUCUUUUUAAAACAUUGUUCCGAACACUGCGUAGAAAUUCUGCAUCAGUGACGACCGAAAAGUUUCGGGAAUCUCUUGGGACGUUGCGUCGCCAAGCAUUUGCUAAAUAAAACAGGCUGAUAAAACAUUCGCGAAGUAGCCAAGAGAAGAGAGCUAAAACACGAAGCAUGAAUAAAGCCACGCUUGUUUCUCAAUACGCGAAAAUCCUUACCGAAUUUCCGGGUAACAUGAAAUUCUGCUUUGCUUACGGUUCGGGAGUGAUGAAGCAGCAGAGCAGUGAUCUAUCCAAGAAUAUGCUGGAUCUCGUAUUUGUUGUAAGCGAUCCAAGCCGUUGGCACAAGGAGAACAUGCUGCUAAAUCCUGAACACUACGCUCAGUUGAUGCGUUCUUUGGGUCCUAACAGCGUUGCCAAGAUCCAAGAAAAAUGGGGAGCUCACAUAUUUUAUAAUACAUUGGUCAAGAGCAAAGAGGGCAGACUGAUUAAAUAUGGAGUAACUUCUGACACCGCUUUGAUCGAGGAUCUCUUAGAUUGGAACGUUCUCUACCUAGCAGGAAGACUUCACAAGCCUGUUCAGGUCUUGGUUAAACCUGAGGAAGAAGAAUCCCCUCUACGACGAGCACUGAUACAGAAUCUACACUCUGCUGUCCAUGCCACGCUAAUUCUACUCCCCGAGCAUUUUACGGAACCUGAUUUCUACAAGACGAUUGCCAACCUUUCCUACAACGGAGACUUCAGAAUGACCUUUGGCGAAGACAAGAAUAAAGUCCACAAUAUCGUUCUACCCCAGAUACAGAAUUUUAGAUCUCUCUACAAUCCCGUUCUUAAGCACUUUGAUCGGUAUGUUGAAAUCCCAAAGUCAGACGAGCCCGCCGUCAUGUGUCAUCAGGACACCAGCCCUUUUGCCCGGAUUCAUCAUUUGAAUCAUUUGCCACGCAUGCCACAGGUCAAGUUAGUGAGAUCGUGGUCUCAGGGCCCUAGAUCCAGAGACACAGAGGACUGCUUGCGUGCCAUUGCUCACGAUCCGGAGUGUAGUGAAAUUCUGGAAGCAUGCCUUAAGGAUAUUGUGUGGAAGUCUAGCGUCUCGCAAAGCUUGAAAGGGAUUUUUACUGUCGGCAUUAUUAAGUCUGUUAAAUACGGGGCAGCCAAGGUGGUCAAGAUGAUGCGAGCUCAGGAAUCAAGUGAGAAGACGACUCCAGAAGUAAAUGCCAGCCUUACACGAUCCACCCUCGAGAAGAAGACGCCUUUCAAAAACGAAGAAACAAAAGAUUCCGCUAGAAGAAUUCAGUGAAAUUAUUCCUCCUUUGGAUUUAAGUCUGUGUUUUAUCUUGGGGAAGAGCGCG